AAUGGACAGAGCUGAUCAUAACCGACUCCGGCCUAUUUAACAACGACCGCUCUCAACGCCCCCAGCAGUCUUGUCCAUUGAUCCCUGUCCCGAGCAGCUCUCGAUCUCUCUCCUGUAAUCUGGGCGUCGUUGGCUCAAUAUCUCACCAGAUAAUCUCGUGAGAUGGCUGGCACUCAGCGCGGCCUGCUCCUGGCCAUCCUCCUCGUCGUCGCCGGCGUGCCGGCGUCCGCGAAGGACUACACGGUGGGCGGCUCGUCCGGGUGGAAGCCGGGGGUGGACUACGCUGCCUGGGCCAAGGGCAAGCCGUUCAGCGUCGGCGACACUCUCUCGUUCCAGUACGACGCGGCGCACUCGGUGCUGGAGGUGAGCGAGGCGGACCACGGCGCGUGCUCGGCGAGCAACCCGCUGCGGUCGCACCGGGACCAGAGCACCACCAUCCCGCUCACCAAGCCGGGCACCCGCUACUUCAUCUGCGGCGCCGCGGGCCACUGCGCCGCGGGCAUGAAGCUCGCCGUCACGGUCUCCGGCGGCGACAGCGCCCCCGCGACGACGGCGUCGUCGGGUCCCUCCAUGCGGUCGACGAACGCGACGCCCGCGGCCGGCUCGACGGCGGCCGCGACCGAGUCGGAUUCGAGCGCGAGCGGUGCGGCUGCUGCCAGCGGGGCCCUCCUCACGACGGGCCUGCUGCUCGGGGCCGUGGGCCUCGCUGCCAUGAUGGGCUGACUUGGAGGCCUCCUGUUUCCUUCCGAUCUCUUCAUUUGUCGUCCCCCGAGGGCCCGAAGCGAGCUGAACAUGUCUGGAUGUGUGUCUGGAUGUUCUGAGCUUACGGCACUAGCAUAGGUUACUGCUACCUCCGAAGUGUCUGGAUGUGCGCGCGCGCGCGUGUUGUUCUGUAAGUUUUUAUUGUGAUUUUUUUUGGCUACUCGUGGUACGGUUCUUAUUGUUCACUGACAAUAAAACUUUUUCCUUAA